GCCUGGCAGACGUUGCACAUCUGUGCCGGGCCUUGCACAUCUGCCACGAUGCUGCACAGCUGGCGUGGGCGUCGCACAUCUGUUCUGCGCCGUGUGUGUAUCCCUGGCACGGUGUGGCUGUCGCCGGGGGUUGCGGCGUAUUGUGUCGGGGAGAGGAUGGCCGGGAAAAUAUUUGGAAAAGUCGUGGGAGCAGGCACAAACGCUCACCUCAAUACAUGGCGGGGGCCUGGGGCACUCAGAGCUGUCCCCUAAUACCAGGCUGCAGUAGAGUGGGGCCGAAACGCGGCAGGAUCCUGGUUCCUGCGUGGGGAUAUUGCCCCAUAGCUGCCCCACGCUGCAGGGCUCUGGCUUGCGCGAGUGGGGCUGACCCUCUUCCCGGUGAGCCGAGCUGGCUGUCGCUAGAUGGCAGCAGGGCCACGUGGCAGUGCCACCACUGCCACUCUGUCACUGUCCCCACUCCAGGACAGAGGCCGCCACUCCUGGGUGCAGGGCAGGACCCGCUUCCACGCUAUAGCCGCCAUCACGGCCGCCUCAGGGGUGCUCGUGGUCCUGGGGGUCUAAAGCAGCAUCGUGCACCUGUGCCUGCGCAAGGCUGACCAGAAGCUGGUGAUCCUGAAGCAGAUCCCGGUGGAGCAGAUGAGCAAGGAUGAGCGGCUGGCAGCGCAGAACGAGUGCCAGGUCCUCAAGCUGCUCAGCCACCCCAAUGUCAUCGAGUACUACGAGAACUUCCUGGAGGACAAGGCACUCAUGAUCGCCAUGGAAUACGCCCCAGGGGGCACUCUGGCAGAGUUCAUCCACAAGCGCUGUAAUUCCUUGCUGGAUGAGGACACCAUCCUGCACUUCUUUGUGCAGAUCCUCCUGGCCCUGCACCACGUGCACACCAAGCAGAUCCUGCACCGUGACCUGAAGACCCAGAACAUCCUCCUGGACAAGCACCGCAUGAUCGUCAAGAUCGGAGACUUUGGCAUCUCCAAAAUCUUGAGCAGCAAGAGCAAAGCCUACACGGUGGUGGGAACUCCGUGCUACAUCUCCCCAGAGCUCUGUGAGGGGAAGCCUUACAACCAGAAGAGUGACAUCUGGGCCCUGGGCUGUGUGCUCUACGAGCUCGCCAGCCUCAAGAGGGCUUUCGAAGCUGCGAACCUUCCUGCCUUAGUGCUGAAGAUCAUGAGCGGGACGUUUGCCCCGAUCUCAGAUCGAUACAGCCCCGACCUGCGCCAGCUCAUCCUCAGCAUGCUCAACCUGGAUCCUUCCAAACGGCCCCAGCUGAAUGAGAUCAUGGCCCAGGCCAUCUGCAUCCGGCCCCUCCUGAACCUCUACACAGACGUGGGCAGCGUCAAAAUGAGGAGGCCUGAAAAACCCUUGGCUCCAGUGCCCACAGUGACCCACAGCCGGACAGAGGGACGGGCAAGCAGUGCCAGGCAGAGGGGUGUCCGACGGGGUUCAGCCAGGACAGGAAUCCCACCUCCCCUGUCAUCCAUCUACACGUGGGGCAGUGGGAUCACCACCCCUCUGCGCCUGCCCAUGCUGAACACCGAGGUGGUGCAGGUCUCUGCUGGCAGGACACAGAAGGCUGGGGUCACCAAAUCUGGGAGGCUCAUCCUCUGGGAGGCUCCUCCCAUGGGUGCUGCUGGGGGUCCCUCUCUCCCAGGAGCCACUGAGCAGCUCCAGCCUCAGUUUGUGUCCCGCUUUCUGGAGGGCCAGUCUGGAGUGACCAUCAAACAUGUGUCUUGUGGUGAUCUUUUCACAGCCUGCCUCACAGACAGGGGGAUAAUCAUGACCUUCGGCAGCGGCAGCAAUGGCUGUUUGGGGCACGGAAACUUCACGGAUGUCAGCCAGCCCAAGAUUGUGGAGGCCCUGCUGGGCUACGAGAUGGUGCAGGUGGCCUGUGGUGCAUCUCACGUCCUGGCGGUCUCCAACGAACGGGAAGUGUUUGCCUGGGGCAGGGGGGAUAACGGUCGCCUUGGGCUGGGCACCCUGGAGUGCCACAACUGCCCCCAGCAGGUCACAGUCCCUCUGGAGCACGAGGCUCAGAGGGUCAUAUGUGGCAUUGAUUCCUCCAUGGUCCUCACAGUGAAAAAUCAGAUUCUUGCUUGUGGGAGCAACAGGUGUAACAAGCUGGGCCUAGACCGGAUCAGCUCAGCAGAGGAGCCUUCCCCAGAGGACCAGGUGGAGGAGGCCACUGUGUUUGUGUGUGCCCAGUCAGCCCCCUUGAACCAAGAGCCCAUUGUGUGUGCUGACAUUGGUACUGCACAUUCAGCUGCUGUCACAGCCUCUGGCCACUGUUACACCUUUGGGAGCAACCAGCACGGGCAGCUGGGCACCAACUCCUGCCGCAACAGCCGCGUGCCCCACCUGGUUGUGGGGCUCGAGACGAUGAAGGUCACUGUGGUGGCUUGUGGAGAUGCCUUCACUGUGGCCAUCGGAGCAGACGGCGAGGUGUGCACGUGGGGAAAAGGAGCCAGGGGACGCCUGGGCAGGAAGGAUGAGGAAACAGGAGUGCCAAGGCCAGUGCAGCUGGAGGAGACACAUCCAUACCUGGUGACCUCUGUUGCCUGCUGCCACGGGAACACACUGCUGGCAGUAAAGCCUGUCGUGGAGGAGUCGCCUUCCCAGUGAGUGAGAGCAGCCACAUCCUGCUCUUCCUGUUGCCCACGGUGGCCUGGCUCAGACACACUCCAGGCUCCAGAGCUCCUCAGCUGCACUCUGAAGGCAGCAGUCUGGAAACAGAGAGCUCCUAACGAUGGUUCCCAAGGAACCAGAGCUGGUCUCACUUAUUGAAUUGUCACUGUGAACCUCCAGUGCCUGAGAGUCACUGCCCUGGACGUGCCCAGAGCUCUGGUGAUGCCUUCAAGGGGUCACACCGUGGCUCUUCCCCUCCCUGCUGGAAGUGCCUGUGUGGAAGAGUGAGGAGCACAGAGGUUGUUUUCCUCUGUGGAAACUGUUUCUGGUUACAAAGCCCAGGCUGACAGCUCUGUGUCUGAGAGAGCUGUCAGCCUUUGCACAGCAGCGUCUGGAGUCAGGGCCCCAGGCGCUGUGCUGGGUGACUAAAUGCAAACCUCUUUGCUAAUUAGAGAAGUCUGUCCUUUCCCAUCCCCCCCUAAAACAUUUCACCCAUUUAUUGAGCACACUUUGGAGGGUCCUGCCUGCACAGCUGGCCAAGCUCUGCACGAGCAACCUCCCUGUGCUGCACAGCUCUCCCCAAAUGCUGCCUGGAGCUUUCCAAUUACAGCCUCCCCUGGCCCCAGGAGCUCGCUGGAGGAUCCUCCAGCUGACAUUUCUCCUCAGGCUCCUCAGUCCUGCUGCUGACCAGCUCACUGGCUCCCAGCUGAGCUAGGGAAGGCAGCAAAACACAGCCAGUGAUCAUCAGUAGAAGUUUUUUAACCCAGAUUUGUCCAGGGAGCUGAUGAGUUUUCACCAGGGGGUCUUUGCAGGCAGGAGAAGCACAUCCAUGUGUUAUGGACAGGAGUCACGUUUUUUGUCUCCAGAAGGGUCGUUUCCUUUCCUUUAUUUUUUUCCUCUUCUUUUCUUUUUUUAACUUAUAUUUGCCCUGGGCCAUUUUUUGAUGAGCUUCUGUCUCUGAUCUGUCUGACAUUGCAAAUGCUCUUGCCUUUCACAUCCAUCUUUGUGCUGUUGCCAAUCUGUUGUGUAUAAAGUCGGUGCUUUCAUAAGCUGGCUGA